AAACCGAAGAGUUCAUUGAGUGACAACAUAAACUAUGGAUAACUUAAUUAAUAUUCUUCUGCAGCGGAAUGACAGUUCUGUGGACUGGGGUUUUCACCUAACGCUGGACCAUGAAAAUCAGAUGGUCGUCGAUAAGGUAGAGGACGGAACCAUGUGCAGUUUCUACAUGAGUCCUGGGGAUGCUGUUCUACAGGUGGCUGGUCGCAGUACUAAAGCCAUGACUGUACAAAGGGCGCAAAGACUCAUAACUCAGGCAGGGAAUGCUGUGGAGGUGAUUAUCAAAAAAAGACCUCAAGGGUCAACAUGGUCACCAGUUACUCCGUCUACGCCGUCAUUUAAUCCAACAAAGUUUACACCUUCAAUUCAGCAAACUACAUGGAAACCUUUUCAGACAUCUGGACCAGACAACAAUGAUCAAAACGAUGUUAUUCAAGGAAGUGUUCAAGUAGAUCCGUCGGGUGGAUAUGUUCAUACCUUUGGUGCCCCAAGAAAACAGUCUGCACCACAAACGCCAUCAACUGCUCCAAUACAAAAUUAUCAAAAUUCACCUUACCAAGAUUCUGUAACAGUUACCUCGACACCUAGAUAUACUCAACAAAUAAUAAUUCCUACUAAUGAUGUAAGUAGCCAGUUCAAAUCACCUGCUAGGCAAACCUCUUACCAAAGUAAUUCUAGUCAAUUUUCGCCUGUCCAGCAGUCUCCUCAGAGAUCAGGUCAAGCGUCUCCAUCCUUUUAUCAGCCACAAAAUAAUGGUUUUGACAACAGAGUCGAUAGUAACUCAUCGACGAUGAUUAUUCAUCCAGCAAGGAAAGUCUCGUCUAAUUAUCAACCUGUAAGGCAGGAUUCUUCGCCUUAUCAAACAAACAGGCAGGAUUCGAUGCCUUAUCAAGUAAAUAGGCAGGAUUCGAUGCCUUAUCAAGUAAAUAGGCAAGAAUCAACACCUUAUCAAGCGGAGAGACGAAGUCCUUCACCUUACCAGCAAAGUUCAUGGUCAAAUCCACCUGCUAGACAAGAAUCUGCUUCAUACCAACCGUCCAGACAAGAUUCUUGGAAUCAGUCUGCACAACAAAAUUCGAUAUCUCCCUCAAGACAAACUUCAAAUACAUAUCCGCCAUCUAGGCAAGAUUCCUGGUCAAACCAGCCAGUGCAUCAAAAUUCAAGUAAUUCUGUCUUUAAUCGACAGGAAUCAUUUUCAAAUAAACCAAAUGAAGCAAAUUCUUCCCAUUUUCCCCCGGUUAGACAAGAUUCGUGGUCUCAAAAUCUGCCGCAACCAACUGGAUUAUUCGGCGGUCAAAAUACAUCUCCGACAACCAACCAGCAAGCUGUUCGCUACGAACCCGUCAAUUCGAAUUCAACUCCAGGAUUUCAAAGGCAACCAUCAACAAAUUAUCAAUCAUUACCUAAACCUUAUUCUCCGGCAAGUUCAAACUCGAGUGUGAAUCAACAACAACCACAAUUUAACAAUGGUAAUUCUCCGUACACUUAUGGUGUACCUGGACCCUUUGUAAGGCAACAAUCACAGCAAUCGUCUGGCAAUCAACCAUGGUCUCCAGCCCCAGUGGAAUCUUUUCCAACUCCUCCACCCUUUUCGCCAUCAGUUGAAAGCUCUGGUGCACCCUGGCCGUCGUCUUCGGAAUUGCCAACGCCACCUCCACCUCCUCCGCCGCCACCCCCACCUUCUCAGUCGCAACAAACGUAUCCAACUCCUCCGCAAUCACAACAAGCGCCUCCAACUCUUCAAUCGCAACAAAUGCCGCCACCUCCACCAACUUCUGCACCGCCGCCUCCCCCACCGCCCCCACCUCCACCCCCACCCAUGCCGUCUUCUGCAGGUGUCAAUCAAGAAGUGCCGGCUUGGAAGAAACAAAUUAAGGCUACAAAAGAAGCGAAAGCCGCAGCUGGCAUCCCCUCCCAAACUCCAGGCACUCCUAGCAGUGGUGGCCCGGAGCUCCCCGCUGCCCUGGCAGGUAGCAUGAAGAAAGACAAGAAGCCUUUCACUUACCUCCCCGGGGGCCUGGACCUAUCGGAAAUUCGAUCCCCUAAAAUGCAGAAAAGGAUCAUCGCCAAUCAGCAACACGCACCGCCUCCACCUUCCUGCACAGGACAACAAGUGUUAUUGCAGCCGCGAGCAAAUGGGGCGAACCAACUUCCCAACCAAUUCGACAGGUUGAACUUGGGCGAGCAGCAGAACUCGGAUAGGAUGGCGACCGCCGUGGAGCCCCAGAGACGCACCUCCACAGAUGGACAGGACACCAGGUAUCCCGGACAGUCCAGGUCCUUCAGGAUCCUACAGAUGAUGACUGGAGGAGACGAUGAAACAGAUUCUGCCGCUCCCCAACAGCCCACUCCAUCCAGCAAGAAGGAGGAGGAGGAAAUGCGCUUCACCGGACUAAGACGACCGGACAACCCCAUCCCAUCCCGCGCCUUUCAGACUCUGCAGAAGAUGACGUCCGCGAACGAAGACGUCAGCCCCAGACCUGCUACAGACAAUCGCUAUCAGAAUGAAGGGCCCCAGGAGCAGCAGAAUGAGGAAGGGCCUGUCGACAUCCGCUACAAAGGUGGCUACAUCCCCGGGAGAUCCUUCAAGAUGCUGCAAGAAAUGACCAGCAUGAAUGAAGAUGGAACGCCCAUGGGUCCACCAGUUCCAUCUGUCUUGCAAGAGAAACGUCAACAACGGAAGCCCCCACCACACCUUCACUUGAACAUAAAUAACCAACCCCCACCCCCAAAACAGUUCCCACAACCUCAAGUGCCUGCAUCCCAACAGCAAACCGAGGAGGUGCCCAAAAUGUACACAGGGGGUCGAAUACCCUCGAAAUCCUUCAGAAUACUGGAAGCCAUGACUGGUGCCAACGAUGGUGAACAUGGCACAGAUAUGUAGAAACACAGUGAUGAUGAUGAAUAAGAGAGACCCUUAUAUGAAAUUAGAUUAUAUAGAACUUUAGAAAAUUAUUUUCAAGAUGUUUUUUCUCGUGAUCUUCGAGUGAACUUUUUUUUAGAUAAUUUAUGUCGAAUUAUACUCUGAAUGUAUUUAGUUAUAUAAACAUAUAUCGAUUCUCAUUUGCAAUAUGUUGCUUUAUAUUAACAAAAAAUUAUUAGAUUACUUAGUCUAGUCUGUGGUGUACAUUACGUACUCCUAAUGCAAAAUAUUUUGUAAAGCACUAGAUAAAUUCGAAAAUGUAGUUACUCAAGGUCGGAAUCUUUGCUUUAAAAUGCAAAAAACAAAAGAUUUUUUAGGAUAAAACUUAUUGCUUACAAAUGUCACUGUUUUAUAUUUUAUUAAAAAAAAUCUAGCUUUUGUCAUGUUACCUCUUUAUAUAUACAUAUAUAUCUUUAUGCUACUUUUAAUAUUAUAUUUGUUGAUGGAAAGUUUUUGAAGAAAAUUUAUUGUAAAUAGAUAUUAUUGCCAUAUUUGUGAUGUUCCGAGAACAUCCAAUCUGAGUAACUAUCAAAAAUCACGAUAUUAGGAUUUCGAAUUAAAGCAUCAAAUGGAUAAAAAAAAAUUGUCUGAAAUGGAAAUGGAUUAAGAAGUGCUGAAAACAAUUUUAUAUUAUUAAAAGUAUUCAAAAUAUUUAUUAUGUACUAAGAGACUUAAAAUGUAUUCUGAAGUUUAUGAAUUUUAUGUAUAAGAAAAUGAAAUAAAAUUAAUUUUAAAUCAUA